GAUCGAGAAAGCACGAGACACCUUCUUUCAACCAAAUAAUUGAUUCGCGUGGGCCUACGAUCAAUAAAUCAACCAGACGCCUACUUACAACUUGACUACGCAUUAGUACGCACCAGCUCUGUUUAAGACUGUAAAAAUGUGCCACAUCCAGCGGGUUUCCAACAGCUGCGGGCAUGUCAACGACCACGUACUCCUCGCCUGCCACAUCGCGAAAGCCGCAGCUGAUUCAAAUUGGAACGGCGAACCGUUCCAGCCCGGUCUCAAAAGUCUUACACCCAAAAGCAUCUGGGAUAAAAUCUCCCAAAUCGGCUUCCACGCCUCUACACAACCGUACUGCACAGACGGCAGGAUACGUUCUCUCGCAAGUCCAGGAGGAUUCAAAUGUAUGGUAGAGGGAUGCGGCCGUGCCGACUAAUCUGGCAACGGGAUCAACGAGCUUCGACUUCCCUACGACAAUUCCCCUUCGCCAUAGACGACGUCAGCGUCUAAUUCGACCGGCUACUGCUUGCCUUGCGGCUAUACCUUCUCCCUCUUAUCGUCUCUUAGUAUAUCUCGCGCUGGCAUGUGUUCCGUGGUCCCCUAGAGCUCAGUUUCUUUCUCUUUGGUUUUGUACAACAUGUGCUCUUUUCGUUCCAGUUGGAAUUGGUCAUUGAGCAUUUCCUAGACAUUUUGCAGGUUUUAGACCCUGGUUGUUCCUUUCUAUGGACUAGCGAGGUGUCACCAGAUUUGCCCUCCAAUUGAGCGUUCACUUCAUGAUAUUGGGUUGCAUUCUGCUCUGCUCUGCCUUGGUGGUUUCUCUGUAAGCUCUUUGAGCCAAGCCUACGACUAUGGGUCAAGUACUUAGUUUUAAUGGUGAUAUUCUUAUCUCGGAG